AUCGGUUGUGUGACAGGUCACGUGACGGUGGAGGAGAAACGGGACCAGCCGGAAGGAGGGGGGAGCCGAUGUUUAGCCCGAUUGAACGAGUAGUCUAGCUAGCCAGCAUUCCUCCUCUCCCCGACGCCUAGAAAAGCUAGAAAGAGGGAGAGAUAUAUUUUAAAACGAGGUUCGCAAAUUAGAAUUCGGAAACGGAUUGGAUUUUUGUAUGAUCAAAGCUACUUGCCGUGGACUCAUCUAUAUAAACAACAACGGGACAGAAGGCCUCGAAAAAUGGCCACAUAUACACCGCUGGAUCCGAAAGAACUGGCGAGGCGUGUUUGAACGCGACUGAUUCUUUUUGUUUCUGUGCGAUCAGCAAACUAAACGAGUUUUAUGAAUAACCGAGGCCCUCUAUCCUCGGUGGAUUCUCUUUAUUUCCUUUUUUUAUGAGGAGCGCAAAAUGGCUGUUGACAGCUACCUUUAACAAGGCCAGAAUAGCGACGCCCUCUUUAAAAUACGAUUAGAAGGGUGUAUUUGUGUAUUUUUUUUUGAAUGUUUGUUAUGGUAGUGGAUGUAAAUUGUUGGUAAAACCAUGGUAGUGGUAAUAUUCUAGCGUAGCCUUAUUUAGACGCUUAUGCAGCGAUAUAAAAUGUUGUGGUGACGUCUCGGGGAAUUAAAACGAUUUGAUUUUUAAGCCAGUGAAGAUAAUUUUUAUAGCUGAAUGUGACCUGAUAAGUCAUGUUUCUUCUCGGAUAAACCAUAAGAAUGAAGCCAGUACAUAUCUCUGGGUCUAGAUACGUUUUGGUCGGUCUAUCUGUCUGAUCCGAAGGCUCGCCACAGCAGCCAACAUUCCAGUGGAUUCUAACAACCCUUUGUUUUAUGCGUAUGAACUGGAGUCGGCUGUUAAAUCUUAAACUAUGCAGUAAAUCGCCUUCCAACAAAUUAUAUUUUAUUUGAUCGCUGUAUUGAGCCAUUAUAUAGUUAAAUAGUCGAGAGGAAUGACUAUUUGGUUAGAAACGUCGAGGCCUAAGUUGUGUACAGAUAUGCGAGCGUUGACUGUGGUGGAAGCUUCAUAGCUGACGACGUUACACAUCAAACAAAUAGGCUGUUAUUAUGUCGCUAUUGUGAGGAUCAAAGUCCGUCGAAACGCACCUCAAGGUUUAUUGCUAAGGACACUUGUCACAUGUAUCUGAUUUGGUAAGCCGAAUAAUAUUUGUUUCAUCCUACUGCCAGCUCCUACAAACAUACUGUAAUCGUAUUAAUUUUAAAUGCACUUAAAAUAAUCGGUAUAUUAUUGAAGGACAGGACAAAAGAAAAUAUAGAAAAAUCGACCCAUUAUAGGGACACCAGCGUUUUACCAACCUUGCGAAAGCGUAAUCGAUUUACAGAUACGCAGUCUUCAUUUUUUUUUAUUUUGACUUUAGUAAUUUAGCAGACGCUUUUAUACAGUGACCUAAAGGAGUGGGUGCCUACAGGGUUCUCAUGUUCGUUUCUGGACCUCAAUCGAUUGAGGAACAAAUCAACGAGGAAGUCAAGGCUAGCACGAUAGGCUAAAGUAAAGAAAGACGUCCUACGCAGUACGAGAGAGGAAAAGGUGAGGUCUUUCAUCAGCUGUAGCUUAUAUGAAUAAAUUCUCCUCCGUGGUAAUGUAUGCAUCUAAACGGACCUAAUUUAGACCGAUUCCAUGUUCUAUCUUAACUGUGUUGCUUGGUACUGUAGAUCUUUGUGCCUUCAUUGCUAUCAUACUGUAGCUGGAAGUAGGUACAAUUUGGCUGCCCUAGCUGGGCCGAUACUACGCACAAAGUGAACAAUUCAGCAAACGUUACAGGAUGUAAGAUAAACCGAAGGCGUUUCUACCCCUUUACGGUAAUAUGCAUAACGUCAGCCCAGCCUGUGUGUUGUAAUCACCAAGGUGUCAUCGUUGCCCUAAGGACUUUUCUGGCUGCUGUGGAAUCUGCCUACCUGCUCUGCCCUACGGGAUGUGCACUGCUGCCUGGAUUUAAAGCAAUAGCAGAGAGCAGGGACUAUUCACCAGUGGGUUGAUCUAGGUUGGUUGACAGUGGUGGUGAUAUAACCCUUAAUUGCUGCAUUUUUUUUCUCACUUGCACAUUAGACAAAUAUCCCUGAAAGACAAAUAUACUUUAGCUUGCAAGUAUACAGAGUCACAGGUCUUCCCUUAGCACUCAGUACAUUUCACCUAUAGUCAAGGGGACUUGGUUUGUGGCUAUAGGUCGGUAAAUCAGUUCUUAAGAUUGGUAUUUAGUUUUUGUGAGAAGCUUGUCAUCGCGCAUGUCCACCGCUCCUGUCAUGGCCUCCAACAUGUCGACCUCGGACCUGUCUGAGACAUGGAGGAACUGUUUCGAAGAGGAGCUGAUCUGCCCCAUAUGCCUGCAUGUCUUCUCGGAGCCCAUCCAGCUGCCCUGCAAGCACAACUUCUGCCGGGGCUGCAUCUCCGAGGCCUGGGCUAAGGACUCGUCCGUGGUUCGCUGCCCCGAGUGCAACCACGCCUACAGCCAGAAGCCCGCCCUGGAGAAGAACCACAAGCUGUCCAACAUCGUGGACAAGUUCAACGCGCUGUCGGUGGACAAGGCCGCGUCGCCGGUGCUCCAGUGCAUCCUGUGCCGCCGUGGCCCUCCGCUGCCGGCGGUGAAGGUGUGCCUGCGGUGUAGCGCCCCCUGUUGCCAGAGCCACGUCCAGACGCACCUGCAGCAGCCCUGCUCCGCCCUGGGACACCUGCUGGUGGAGGCCGAGGCGGUCAAGGCUUGGACCUGCCCGCAGCACGACGAGUACAGACUGUACCACUGCGAGGCGGAGCAGACCGCCGUGUGUCAGUACUGCUGCUUCACGCGCUGCCACCCCAGUCACGGACACGGAGUCACCGACGUGGAGCUGCGCCGCAACGACAUACGGCAAAAUCUAUUGAGGCAGCAGGAGAGGGUAGAGGAGAGAGUUCAGGACAUCGAUGAGCAGCUCUGUAAACUGGACUCUGACAAGUGUGUGGUGGAGGACAGAGUGUGUGAGCUGAAAGAGGAGGUGCGUGUGCAGUACCAGCGGAUGCAGCACUUCCUGGAAGAAGACCUGUCCCGUACCCUGGAGGUUUUAGAGCGGGCGCAUUCUAGGUUUUGCCAGGAGAACGCAGGUCAGGUUCUUGCUUUGGGAGAACAGAGACACGAGGCCCAGAAGCUGCUUAGCUCUGUACACACGGCCUUUGGCAAGGCUGAGGAGCUGGGCUUCAUGAAGAACACCAAGCCUGUCAAGAUCCUGAUGGAAAGGUCUCAAGCAUGCGUGGGCAGUGCUCUUCCUCCCUACAAGGUGGGCAGUCUCAACUCCAAGCUGUUCCUGUCUGAACUCUCCAAGAGAGAGAAGAGCCUACGGAAAACACUGGAAGCGCCCCUCACCCCUCCCUCCUCAUUCCUCCAGUGCAUCCCAGCGUAUCCCAGCGGCCUUGGCUCCAGCUCCGGGGCAGAGAAACGUAAACACUCCUCGGCGUUCCCAGAAGGCAAUGGGAGCACCGGGAAAACCGCUUCUUCUGGGUUCAAGGACUCCUCCUCUUCCUCCUCCUCUUCUAAGCAGCCCUAUCUGGGCCCCAACUCCGCCACCGGGGAGGGCCAAUCUUCCAAUCAGCAACCUCUCGGUCCCUGUGGCCCGUCUCACAUGAACGAAGGUGGUGGAACAGGAAGCGGAAGUGGCUCUCUGACCAAUCACCAUUCAGGGUCUGUGUUCAGUCCCUCCCACUACCCCCCUGCUGGUGGUAGCUCGUCUCAUUCUUCUCAGCAGGCAGUGCUGCCCCAGUAUGGUGGACGUAAGAUUCUGGUGUGUACCAUGGAUAACUGCUACUGCUCUGGGGUACCCUCCGUGUCAGGGCACCGUGGCCACCCUCCCUACUCACGUUCAGGCUCCUUUCCCUGGGUAAGCGCCCAGGACUACCCCCCUCCACCCGGCCUGGCCUCUGGAGCUCCAGCCAUGCAAGGGCUGGCCGUCAGAGACUGGAUAGAUGCACAGCAGACACAUAGACACACAGACUUCUAUGGGCUGUAUGGACAGCCCUCUACCAAGCAUUAUGUCACCAGUUAACACACACACUUCCACAGGCUAACAGCUAUCCACUGUACACUACUAGUUAACACACACACACACACACACACAUUGACAGACACACUCAGAAAAUAUUUGAUAGGAUGCACACACACACACAGACGUACACUUCUACUGGUUGUACGUACAUUUCUGUUCUAAACAACAUGCGCACGUACACACACACACACCUCUCUCGGGGGCAGGGUUGACAUGUGUUCGUUUUCCGUUUUCUCCGUCAGACCGCCCUAGUACUUACAUGAUGAUAUGUGUCUCUGCUCGAAUUGUUGACUUUGAAGCACUUCGGCUCAUUUGAAAUGUUUUAGUGACAUCUUCCCUGACGUAGUGACAUCAAUAGCCUUAUUGUUAUUAUUAAUGUUAUGAUUAUUGUUAUUUUUCUCUGCCUAUAGGGGAUGGGCUAUGUCUGAUAGCUGUGUAAAGAGAAGGAGGAUUUAUUACUGUCUGAGCUCUGGUUUUGUUGCAGCACUUUGGCCUCCUCUCCUUGCUGAGUUCAGGGAUGUAUUGUACAGCUUGAACGAACGAACGCGCGCACACACAUACACACACUCGCUCUUCCAGGUUCUUUUGUGUGUGGGACCCACUCCAUGCACUUUGGGUUGGGAUUUCUCUCUGGGUGUAAGUUGCCCGGUAGACCCAGGUCUGGGAUCAGAUGACCUUUCCCUAAUCUGAACAUUCAACACAAGGCAGUAAAAUGGAAGAAACUCACCCUAGGUCAGGUUUAGUAAACCUGUGCCAUUAUGGAUCUUCUCUACUCCCAUCCAUUUGGAUCCAAAUACCACAGGAGAAUGGAUACAACUCCCUUCCCCCCUGCUUCCAGGCUUCCCAUCGGAUUGAAUUCUUCCGUCUGAAAGACUGAGAGACUGUCUCCUUUAUUUUGUAGUUCUUAACAUGGAUCAAGACGUGAAUUAAUUUGCCAUACAACAUACGGUAUGAGUUAACAAUGUUUGUCUAAAAGACAGUUGGAAUCGUAGAUAAGGUGGAGGCUUUGUGAGACACUACAUGGACUGGACUGGACCGACCAAACCAAUGAACGCAAAGCAUCUGGGAGUGUGAUAAUGAUAAUGACACUGCAUUAAGAUGUACUUUCUGCAGGGUGAUGAGGUCACUUCUCGACAAGCACACAAGCCCCCUGUUUCCUGUUUGCAGCUGUGAGCAUGCAGGGAAGAGUUUUAUAAAGCACUCUGGAAUAAAAACGUGACUAGAAAUAAAAAAUGAUCUGCAAGCAGUUUUAAAACGGAUGAGUGGAAGUAAUAAGAGGGUUUUUUCAUAAACUUUUUCUAAAGAGAACUUGACUGGUCCAUGUAAGAUUGGUCAAAAACGCUGAAAAUAAAUUGAUGUUACAAGAACAGUCUACCAAUAGAAAAAAUUGAAAACAGUAUCUCUUUUUGUAAAUAUUUUGUGAAAUGAAAAAUAAAUGACAUGUAAUUUGGAGGUGGGUUCCAAAUAAUGAAUUUAAUCA